GGACCCCAAAAAACAUACUGUGAGACCCCAUUUUUAUGACUUGAUAGGGUCCCUGGGACCCCAUUUUGAAAAUUCAUAGAAUAAUGCAUACAUUUAUCAUUUGUUUACAAAAAAGUGGGACCCCAUUUUGAACAUUCCUAGGAUAAUAAUAUACAUUUAUCAUUUGUUUUAUAAAAAAGUGGGACCCCAAAAAUGUACUGUGGGACCCCAUUUUUAUGACUUGAUAGGGUCCCUGAGACCCGGUUUUGAAAAUUCCUAGCGACAACACUGAUUGGUUCGUGCAAAAAAGGCAGCAGGCAGCUGUGGCCUGCGGGCCGGUUCUAAUACUAAUCAAAUAUCAUCCAUAGAUAAUUCAUUGUGGCCCGCGGGCCCUGACUUGGACACCUAAGGAAUAUCCAUAUUGUAUUUUCAGCUAGCAGAAGUCAAAUAUUUCAGCACAUUUGGCUUUGUGUUCCCUUUUUAGACUAAUUAUUUAAUGAACUGGCAGGUGAUUGUGGAAGUGGAAAAAACAGAAUGAAUGUGCUCCUCUUUCAAUCUAAUUGGAUGAUAAGUGUCCAUGACAAACUCCCCCCCUUCACCCCCCUUACCAGUUCCAUCCAAUCCCACGUGAUCAUCUCUCUGUCCAAUCACAAGGACAAGAGAGGCUUUUUUUAAACCAGGAUGUCAUCUUUUAUGUCAUCAUUGUGUCUGUGGAGGCUCAAGCAAGUUCACCUCCCUCUCAUCACAGGAUACUUCUGGAACUUUUUUUUAAUGUAUUUUGAUGUUGCUGCAUGUUGGUUGUCUGCGGUUGUAUGUAUGGUGAUCCUGCAGGUGUUGGAACUAAGCGCUGAUGGCAGGUGCACAAGAGAGCCGCCAGUCCCCUAAGGACGCCAUCAAGUUCUCCAUCAAGAACCUGCUCAGCAUGGAGGACCACAAGAGCCCAGGCUGCAGGCCCAAAAUCUCCCUGCAGGGCGGCCCGUCCAAGGGGCUUCUGGAGGGAAGCUUCUUCUCCCGGCUCGCCGACUUGUCUCUGCCGGGCUUGGAGCUCCUGCCCCCGCCGCGGCUCGGCCUGUCCGCGGCCCCCUGGUGGUACCCGUACAGCCUCGGUGCUCACCUCAAAGCUGCAGGCUCAGACAAAGAACAAUUGCUGCUGCACGAGAGGCGCACCCCUGACCCCCCCAAGAGUGACCCCAAAGAAGAAAGUGCAGAAGACGACGAAAGCGACCUCGACGAAGCCAAGACGAAGGACCCAGAGGACGACUGGACGAGGAAGCCUCAUGACGACGAUGGCGGCGACCCCUUGGACUCUGCGGACAAGAAGCCGUGCAGGAAGAAGAAGACCCGCACCGUGUUCUCCAGGAGUCAGGUGUUCCAGCUGGAAUCCACCUUCGACAUCAAGCGCUACCUGAGCAGCUCGGAGAGGGCCGGCCUGGCCUCCUCGCUGCGCCUGACCGAGACCCAGGUCAAGAUCUGGUUCCAGAACCGCAGGAACAAGUGGAAGAGGCAGCUGGCCGCAGAGCUGGAGGCGGCCAACCUGAGCCACGCCGCGGCGCAGAGGAUUGUGCGGGUGCCGGUGCUGUACCACGACAACGGAGCACCGGAGAGCGGCGGAAGUCCGGCUGCAGGCUCCCCGGAAGCCAAACGUCUUUUGGCCUUUUCCCACCACAUGUACUAUCCACAUCCGGUCCCUCUACUGAGGCCUGUGUAACACUUUAUAUAUUAUCCUUUAAUGUGCUCUUCCGUGAAUGUUUUUUGGUUUUUUUUGGUAUUUGUCAUGAAAUGCUCCAAAGUACUUGAAUAUAUUUUCAUGUGCAAAAUUGUACAUAAUGUAUUUUUCAGACUCUUGUGCUUGUGUUAUGUCACACUGUGGGAUUUCAUAUUUUGAUAUUUCUUAUAUGGUGCAAUACAACCAUAUUGACGUUAUAUAGGUCACAACCCAAAAUUGAUGUAUAUGCUUUGUAACACAAUGGACAAUCAGUCACCAUCAUUGUAAAUUAAACCAACUAUGAAGCCAAAAAAAAAAGAUAGCGUUUCCCUUAUAUUGUUUCUGAAAUAGACCUUAUGUUGUCCCAAGUAAAAUUGCUCCAAAAAAAUUCUGGAAAAAAUGCAUUAUUGAUAAAGUUUUUUGUUAUUAAAGAU